AUGGCCGUCGCUGUCUUCGGAAAGAUCCUCAUCGGCAUUUACGUGGAAAUCAAACGGAGCGAUGGUAAGACAGAGAGAGAUCUCUCUCCCCUUCUCGUCCGCUAGCUAGCUAGAUGAAGAUGCAUUUUUCAUUGAGGCGCUGUCGCGUUAGCUACAUCAUCUUUGUUGCUUCAAGGCAGCGCCUAGCCAGGCAGGCAGGGUGCUGUGAUUGGAUAGCUUGCCUAGCAAUGGCAUAGAGAUCUGUACUCGGUACUAGACCCAUUCUCAUCCUACUGUCAUGGUCCCUGUUUGAUAUAGCGGCAGUCAAUCAAAUAGGUUAUUAUUACCGAAUGACGUAGCUAUAGCCAGCUAGCCUUUACUCAAUUACUGGGUGAAGCUAGCCGGCUGUCUAACAGGGAUCAAUGAUUUAAAUUGGCAGGGAUGUAUCCACCUGUGCGGUUAUAGGCCGUGCUGGCUGCCUGGUAAUGAUACUGGAUUCAUCCGCUAUAUCGUUUAGCGAACUGGCUAAAUGAGAAUUGUCACAAGACCGUUCAGUUCUGAACCAGAAUCUGGGUUUACAGGAGACGUUGAAUAUGGCGAUUCUCCUUUAAGCCUUUGAUCAUGACUCUCAGUUCCAUUAUUUUACACAUGUACUACAGUGCCUUCAGAAAGUAUUUACACCCCUUAACUUUUCCACAAAGUGGGAUUAAAAUGGAUUUGGUUAAGAUUUUUUUGUCAACGAUCUACACAAAAUACUCUGUAAUGUCAAAGUGUAAUAAAAAUUCUAACAUUUGUGAGAGAAAAAAUAAAUGAAACACUAAUAUAUCUUGAUUAGAUAAGUAUUCAACCCACUGAGUCAAUCAAUACAUGUUAGAAUCACUUUCGGCAGCAAUUACAGCUGUGAGCCUUUCUGGUUAAGUCUCUAAGAGCUUUCCACACCUGGAUUGUGCAACAUUUGCCCAUUAUUAUUUUCAAAAUUAUUCAAGCUCUGUCAAAUUGGUUGUAGAUCAUUGCUAGACAACUCGGCCACUCAUUGUUAGGUAACUCGGCCACUCAGGAACAUUCACUAUCUUCUUGGUAAGCAACUCCAGUGUAGAUUUGGCCUUGUGUUUUAGGUUAUUUUCCUGCUGAAGGGUGAAUUAAUCUCACCGUGUCUGGUGGAAAGCAGACUAAACCAGGUUUUCCUCUAGGAUUUUGCCUGUGCUUAGCUCCAUUCCGUUUCUUUUUUCUCCUGAAAAACUCCCCAGUCCGUAACAAUUUAAAGCAUACCCAUAACAUGAUGCAGCCACCACGAUGCUUGAAAAUAUGGAGAGUGGUACUAAUGUGUUCUAUUGGAUUUGCCCCAAACAUAACACUUCGUAUUCAGGAAAAAAAGUUAAUUGCUUUGCCACAUUUUCUGCAGUAUUGCUUUGGUGCUUUGUUGCAAAUAGGAUGCGUGUUUUGGAAUAUUUUUAUUUUGUACAGGCUUCCUUCUUUUCACUGUCAAUUAGGUUAGUAUUGUUGAGUAACUACAAUGUUGUUAAUCCAUCAUCAGUUUCUCCUAUCACAGCCAUUAAACUCUAAACUGUUUUAAAGUCACCAUUGGCCUCAUGGUGAAAUCCCUGAGCGGUUUCCUUCCUCUCCGGCAACUGAGUUAGGAAGGAUGCCUGUUUCUUUGUAGUGACUGGGUGUAUUGAUACACCAUCCAAAGUGUAAUAAAAAAUUUCACCAUGCUCAAAGGUAUAUUCAAUGUCUGCUUUUUUAUUUUUACCCAUCUACCUUCUUUGCGAGAUUGGAAAACCUACCUGGUCUUUGUGGUUGAAUCUGUGUUUGAAAUUCACUGCUCGACUGAGGGACCUUACCGAUAAUUGUAUGUGUGGGGUACAGAGAUGAGGUAGUCAUUCAAAAAUCACGUUAAACACUUUUAUUGCAACAUAUUAUGUGACUUGUUAAGCACAUUUUUACUCCUGAACAUAUUUAGGCUUGCCAUAACAAAGAGGUUGAUUACUUAUUGACUCAAGACAUUUCAGCUUUUCAUUUGUAAUUAGUUUGUAAAACUUUGACAUUAUGGGGUAUUGUGUGUAGGCCAGUGAGAAAAAAUGUAAAUGUAAUCAAUUUUAAGGCUGUAACACAAAACAUUUGGAAAAAGUCAAGGGGUGUGAAUACUUUCUGAUGGCACGGUAUAAGAGUCAUUGGACGAAGGCGUCUUUUGUACUGGGGAGUUUUGUUAAAGACCCGUUGCUCGGUCUGAACAAUAACACGCAUCGCUUGCAGUACGGUUUUGGAAGCAAAAUGACCUUAUCUUUCAUAUCAGCGAGGAAGAAUUUUCAAAAAUCAAAGCGUUAAAUUGAUACACACCUUUAUAGGGCUAGGGUUCACCUGCGCCCAUGUCAUGUGUAAAUGCGGGCUAUUCUUUGGGUGCUGAAAUCCGUAGUUUUUGAAAAAAACUAUGUGACGUUGGAACUCCAGUUCGCCCACACAAGUCGCCACGCAACCCCAUCGUAAAUCGUGGAGUUGAGUUUAGUCGGCUAGCCACUGUCUGACUAUAGCCUACUAGCUACUACUUUAUAUAGUAGACCUUGCUAGUCUAAAGUGAAUAGUGUUUGGUUGCUAUUUAUUUAAUUAUCGUCUGCUCUAGCUCCAGGGAAGGACUAGCAAAAGACACACUCUUAGUGAUUCUGCAGCAAUGAACCUGUCUUAUUUGAUUUAAUUGAAUUAUCUGCUCAACCAACAGUGUGACAGUAUUUUUUAAAAUGUUUUUAGUAAUUUGGGCUGAUCCCAAAGAGAAUAGCUAUAGCUGUUUAGAAUGAGACAUGACACAUAAGACUAGAAAUAUUAUGGAAACAAACCAUUUUGCAUGUACAAUAACAUAACGAAAUGCAACUGAAGCAGUUGAAUGUUGACAUGCAUGUGAAGCUUUUUUAAAUGUCAACCAGUCAGAUCCAGGGUAAUUAACUCAUCUGUUACUGAAGGUCUCCUCCCAUACUGGCCGAUUUUGGCUGGUCUCAUCGUCAUCCUCUUUGGUCAGUGUGAUCUAGUGUGUUGUGGUCAUUGGCUGAAUUUCAAUAGCCAGAGCGUAUGACUGUAUGUGUCUACAACUGUUUUCUCCCAUCUAUGGCAGCCAGGACAAAUCCAUCAUGUCAUGUGGUCACAUGGCUGAAAUAAUAUGUUAUGGUUCCGUAGCCUUUAGGAGUCUACACUAAAGCUGUUCUAUGUUUAUAACAUGUUUCUUGCAGGUCGAAUCCACCAGGCAAUGGUCACAUCACUGAAUGAAGACAACGAGAGUGUCACGGUGGAAUGGAUAGAGAAUGGAGACACGAAAGGAAAAGAGGUACUGUGUGUGUGUGUUCAUCAGUCAUGUCUGACCCCCUAUCAGCUUGUGCCAGAUGGAGCAUUGAAAGUUUUAGGACUCAGAGAAUUUACUGCAAAUCAGCUUUACUACGGAUGCCCUUAAGUAGUGUGUGUGUGUGUUUGUUUGUGCGUGUGUGCCCCCAGUGGCGGUUCUAGACACAUUUUACUAGGGGGGCCAAGGAGGGGCCAGUGUUUAAUCAGGGGGGCACACAUAAAAAAACUGGCAACACAUGAUAUUCAAAGAUUAUAAACUUUAUUUUACUUUAAAAUCAUAUGACAUUUAUUAUAACACGUAUUUUGUACAAGAGUGCAGAUGCAAGAGAGAUAGUGCCAUAAAAAAGAAAAAAGAAAUAAAUUAAAAAAAAUUAAAAAGUACAGGGUACAAAUACAGGGUUCAUAUUCAAUGUGAACAAAACUCCAGGAUACAACAAAGGGUACAACAAUGUGCCAUUUCCUAUUUAUGGAAGCCCCACUACUGUGGACAGUUGAUUCCACAUUUUGUUUUAAGAAAGAAAACUUUCUGAGUGAUUUAUAAACAAAACACACUACCCUGUAUCCAUUUAGGUAAAAUAAACCAAAUCAGAAAAGAAAUUCAAUUCAAAGAGGCUUUACUAGCAUGACCAUAUUGACAUACAGUAUUGCUAAAGCACAUAAACAGGGAAACGUGUUACACAUUAACAUCCAGUAGUCCAAUAGGAUGCAGACAAUAAACAUUAAGUUAACAUUCGUUUAAAAGCAACAAUCAUGUCAACACAAUGUAGCAAUAUGAACAACACUGAUGGAUAUCAGCAACAACAUGAAAACAAGAAUAUUACAGGUGUGUGUGUCUGUGUCUUUGUGUACUUCACUGUCAGUUGAUGAGCAGGUGUACAAAAAAAAGCUUUACAACAUUUAUGGGCAAGUCCAUUUAGGACAGCACAUUUCCACCAUAGUUCACAUUAGGAAAAAAUUCGUCAGUUCUAACAGCUCUUUGAUAAUCCCUCCAUGCGAUCAUUGCACACUUGUGUCGUUCAGACUUUGCAUGUAGUGAAAACCCUGCAUUUCUCAUAGUUGCCUUUUUCCAGUUUGUAAAACCAGGUGUUGAAACAAAAACGGUGUCUGGGGCAUUUGGUGUGCUAAAAUGUCUACAUGCAUAGCAACAUGUAGAGUCCGUCAUUACAGAAUACUCAAGCCAUGGAUGAGUAGUGUACCAGUUUGGUCUGAAGCUUCGUCUUCUGUCCCCCAUCAGUGUGGUUGGGAAUAUCUUCAAGUUCGGCUGUACUGGUACGUCAUACUUAGACUUGCUGAUAUCUGAAGAAGAUGGACAGUAAACAUAGGGCACAACUACAACAUUUAUUUACUGUAUAUCUGCAUGUAUUUCAAAAUGUAGGCAAAGUAUUUACUUAAAAAAAAAACAGAGCCAUAUUGACACAAAAAAGAAUUAACAGCAGAAAGCAGCAUUUUAAGGACACCCAGCAGGCCUACCAUUACAUUGUAAUUGCAUUGCUUUGCAAAUAGUAAGAACCUUCCUCAUCACAAACCUGAUGGUGCAGUACUUGAUCCACAUGGAUCCACUUGCUGUCCCUCUGGCUGUUCAUCUCUCUGUCCCUGUAUGCUUUCUUCUUCAUGCUUCUCACCCUCUUCUUCAUUCUCCUCGCCCUCUUCUUCAUUCUCCUCACCCUCUUCUUCAUCCUCCUCACCCUCUUCUUCAUCCUCCUCACCCUCUGGAAUUUCCCUCUCUUUGUCAGACCCCUCACUUUCAUCACAUGCUGGCUUCCUCAACUUUCUCAAAACCUCGAUUUGUUUCUCUCACUUUUUUGUUUGCUGGGGCAAAAAAUGACUUUAUGUCCCUUCCUCGUUUCAUGAUAACUAUUAGAAGAAGAAAAAACGUAGGGGCAUGCAUUACAUUUUGUUACCUAACCAUGGCAGAUAACCUGUUGAUUACUUUACUAAAAAUGUAUUUGUUAUCGCGAUGCAACAGCCAAGACGGAUUAAGUUACGUGGUUAACAUCACAACAUUGUGUAGACCUAGCAAGGAUAGCCUACUAACAUUUGGAUAUUUGCUUCUGCUUCGAUGAGUUUGCUUAGAUAUGAUUAAAUUUCUAAACAAAUCGAGACCAGACAUUUAAAAACUUGAUUUGAUUUAUGUGUGAGGAACAAAAGGAACAUGUAGGCUAUGUGCAAGAACAACAAGUCACUUAUGAUAUUAAAUCGUUUUUCUUACCUUCGACUCCUGCAAAUCGUAGCUCCUCUCGCAAAUAGUAGUUGCUGAGCUCUCAUUCACCGAAGCAGCACCACACGUGGCAGGCAGGCAGAUGGCAGGAUACAGUUUUUGGGUGCGCCACUCUAAUUUACCCGUGUAGAACGUUGCCGUGUAGAGCGUUGCAUUAGUUCCGCUUUUGGCGCUCGCGUGUAAAAUAGUUAUAAAUUCAUAAUUUUUUAUUUGGUCAGCACGGGGGGGCCACAGGGGUGGCCAGGGACAUUUCCAGGGAGGCACGGGCCUCCCCCGGCCUCCGUGUAAAACCGCCACUGUGUGCCCCCCUUUAGGAUUACACGUUUUAACAUGGUAGCCUAUUUCACUUCUUAAAUGUCACUGGUAAAUUGUUAAUCAAUCUCACUGCACAUGAAGCAAAAAGUGUGGCAUUCUUGUAUUUUCCUGAGUUAAGAGAUUACUUUAUUAUUCCAUACGAGACAUUCAUUUGUCUUUAGCUUUUUUUCACCCAACCCCUCCGAUAUACACUGUGUGUACCAAACAUUAGCAACACCUGCACUUUCCAUGACAUAGACUGACCAAGUGAAUCCAGGUGAAAGCUAUGAUCCCUUAUUGAUGUCACUUCUUAAACCCACUUCAAUCAGUGUAGAUGAAGGGGAGGAGACAGGUUAAAGAAGGAUUUUUAAGCCUUGAGACAAUUGAGACAUGGAUUGUGUAUGUGUGCCAUUCAGAGGGUGAAUGGGUAAGACAUAAGAUUGAAGUGCCUUCUAACGGGGUGUGGUAGUAGUGUGUCAACUGGUUUGAGUGUGUCAAGAACUGCAACGCUGCUGGGUUUUUCACAUUCAACAGUUUCCCAGUGUGUAUCAAGAAUGGUCCACCACCCAAAGGACACCCAGCCAACUUGACACAACUGUGGGAAGCAUUGGAGUCAACAGGGGCCAGCAUCCCUGUGGAACGCUUUCGACACCUUGUAGAGUCCAUGCCCCGACGAAUUAAGGCUGUUCUGAGGGCAAAAGGGUGUACAACUCAAUAUUAGGAAGAUGUUCCUAAUGUUUUGUACACUCAGUGUAUAUACAUACACACAUUAGGUUGGAGAGGCUGGAACAGAGUUUUAACAUGUAUGUUGUACCCUCGCCCCAUGCAGAUUGACCUGGAGAGCAUCUUUGCUCUGAACCCAGAUGUGGCUCCAGAAGAGGAGGUAGUACAGAGUCCUGAGACCCCGCCUCCUGCCACCUCCAUCUCCUCUGCUGCCAAACAAAUCAAGCCACCCAAGGUCAUUCUCUAA